AUGCGGUUCAGUGUUCCACCGUUUUUUCAUGCGGAGAGAAAAGAGACUGACGCUUGAAGCGGGUGGAGACUGCUACACAUUUAAAUCCCCCGGCUCGGUUUUUAAGCGUUUCGCAACGAAAUAACUUUUCCCCUUUUUCUUUUUUUUCUUUUCUUUCUCCGGUUGGAGUCUUUAGAACGGUUUUAAUGUCGUAAGUGACAGGUCUAUAAGGGCGUCGUUGUUGGGAAGUUUUUUCGAGGGGUUUUUUUUUGACCAGCGAAGGGCCAUGGCAGUCGAGGCUCGGCCGGAGCUGGUCGGGAAACGGUUCCUCUGUGUCAGCGGGGACGAGCCGCCUGAAAUCGGUGACAUCGGCCGGUGGCCGUGGAGGUCCGGGGUCAUACGAGCCGUGAACCACCUUGACAGCGACAACCCCGACCUGACGGUAUAUGUGGAGUUCGACGACGAGGAGUGGGAGAAGAGAGAGUGGGUGAAGGUCUAUGAGGAUUUCCAGCUGUUUCUUUUGGAGCACCAGCUGGUCUGGGCCAAGAGGAAGGAGGGAGCAGGAGGAGGAGCAGGAGGACUGCUUCAGGGAACCAAGGCCAAACACAUACAGUGGCCUGCCCUGGCGUUUAAGCCAGUGGUGGGGAAGAGCCUGUUGUCCUCAGUAACAGCCGUGGAAUUCUUGUUGGACCGACAGCUGGACUUCCUGUCCGACCACUCGGCCUUCCAACCGUACCAGGAUGAGGUGGACAGUCAGAACCCAGUGUUGAGAGACAACCAUCAGCUCCAUGAAGAAGUGAGGGGCUGGCUCAAAGACCAGAAGGUGCAGGAAAUUUUUAUGCAAGGUCCCUAUUCACUGAAUGGCUACCGAGUGCGUGUGUACAGACAAGACUCGGCCACCCAGUGGUUCACUGGCAUCAUUACACACCACGACCUCUUCAGUCGAAACAUGGUCGUUAUGAAUGACCAGGUGCUAGAACCUCAGAACGUGGAUCCCUCUAUGAUCCAGAUGACCUUUCUGGACGACGUGGUCCACUCUCUGCUGAAAGGAGAAAACAUCGGCAUCACUUCCAGACGGAGGUCACGAUCCAGCACGAACAACAACUCUGCCCACAUGGCGGGAGGGAGACCCAGCGGGACCACUGGCAGCACUCAGAGUCAUUACACGCGAGCCCAAGCCAACAGCCCCCGCCCCAUCAUGACCUCAUCGGGCCCCAACCCAAAGGGUUCCCAGGGGACGCUGGCCUCUCAGCAGCAGAGCCAAUCGCAGCAAAGCCAGCAGCCCGUCAGCCAAUCGCACCACUCGCCCGGCAGCAGUGGGCGGGAGCAGAGGGAGCAGCGCAACUCUCGCUCGUCCAGGAGGAAAGGAUCGGACAGCAGCGUUCCAGAGGAGGACAAGGACCGAAGAGAGGAGCCCACAGGGAGAGACUCCAAGUCAAAGGCCAAACAGGCGGUGAACAAACGCAGGAAAGGCGAGGAAGAUGAGAAGAAGGCAGGUCUAAAGAGGCUAAAGACUGACAUGACCUCUGACCUGUCGGAGAGCAGCGACUCAGAAAACCCGCACAACAAGAGGACCGCCCACUCCUCCUGCUCCUCCUCCUCCUCAUCGUCCUCGUCCUCCUCGUCCUCUUCCUCUUCCUCCUCCUCGGAGGCCAACUCUGAGAACGAGCUAAAGUCUCGUGCCAGUGAUGUGAAACAAAUCGUCGUUUCCAAAAAGGAGGAGGAGAAGGAGCAGCAGCCGCCCCCGAUGCAGGGCACCAAAAUGAACGAUUCCUCCUCUCUCAUUGGCCGCCUGUCCCCAUGGGCGGAGCUUCAGGGAGCGGAAGACGGCAAGAAGGUUGUGGUCAAGGAAACGGGCAAAAUGUCAACCAAGCAGGAAGAGGAGUUGGUGGCGGUGACGCAGAUCACCCAGUCUCCACGGCAACAGGUGCCUCAGAUGUCUGAGGCGGUCCAGGCCGGCAGUGUGGAGAGCAGCAAGAGCAUCGUGAAAGUGUCUUCUCAAUCUCAGACGCCAUCGCUGUCCAAUCCCGCCGGCACUGGCAGCAGAGGCGUGAUCGACAUCACGGAUGAGGCCCAGGCCACUGUGCACCAGGAGAGCUCCGAGGCCGUGUCAGCACUGCUCGCCUCGCAGAAGGCCGAGUCCACGGCCCUCUCCCCUUACCUUCCCCUCAACCCCUCUCCCGUUUCUUCGCCGCCCGUUCCGCCGUCUCCCUCGCCAUCGGAAGGAGGCCGCAGGACGGAUACUGAGCCGCAAGGCAUUAUGGGAGGUGGCAUAACAGCAGCCAGGAGCUUAAGCAACAAGAUGGAGUUUACUCCCUCUGAGGUCAUCAGGCCUGUCACAUCGAUGGUUGAAAAUGUGGUGUUGGUGGAGAAGGAGAAAACUGUCCUUCCUCAUCAUCUCCAUCAUCAACAGCAGCAGCAGCACGCACAACAACAACACUACACAUCCAUCCACCCCGGCAUCAGGAGCCCGUCUCUGUCUGAGGAGACGAGAAAACACCCUCCGCAACAAGUGCCACCCCACAAGAUGAACACAAUCCUCCACCCUGAACUAGUCAGAUCCAGAAUGAGCCCCAACCCAGCUCAGCUCGACGCCCUGAAACAGAAACCACAGCACCCCAACAACUCUCAGAGCCAUCCCUACCCCAACACAAAUCCAGCUGACCUUCUCAAGGCUAAGCCCCACCCGGGCCUGCUGGACAUCUCCAAACCCAAACCCAACACCUCCCCAGAGGUCUCCAAGCAUAAAAUACCAAGGUACUCCGAUACCUCCCCGCCUCCAUUAGGCCGCUUGGCGGCCAAAUUAGAAACGGCAGAAUCCCCGCGGUCCGGUUUCAAGCCGGUGCCGGCGCGGUCGGAGUCUGGUGGAGUCAGUUUGAGCUGCAGCACCAAGAGCCCUCUGAUCAUCGAUAAGAACGAGACCUUCACCGUUUACAGGGACCCAGCGCUGGUCCGCUCAGACGCUGAGAACUCUGUCUCCGUCUCCGUGUCCUCCAACCACGUGGCAGCCUAUCUCCAUCCCCACCUGCACACCCUUCACUCCCCCUCCCCUCACUCCCCCUGCCUCACCACCGCGUCCCACCCCCAUGCCGCCUCCCACCUCCUCGCCCCUCCUCACACCUCUUCCCUACCUCACUCGCACCUGUUGCCCCCCGGGGUGCUCCCGUCCAUGCCUCCUCCCACGGCGUCCCUCCUUGGGGGCCAUCCCCGGCUCGACUCCCCCAGCGGGCUGGGCCACCUCGCCCUGCCUCACCAACAGCAGUUCCUCCAGGGUCAGGGCCCCCCUCCACCCUCUCUACUAGCCCAGGCUCAUGGCGGGGCAGCAGGGCUGGGUCUUUACCCUAUCCUUUGGCAGUACCCCAACGGAACGCCCACCUCUUACCCCCCGGGGCUCAACCUGCCCCCCACAGCCAAGUGGGUCCACCCUGAAAACCCUGUCAGCGUGAAUUCCGAGGGUUCGCUCAGGAGGAACUCAGCCAGUCCGUGGUUGCACCAGGCCGCUGGCAGCGCUGGUGACGCUAUGGGUUUGCUAAGCCACGUUCCCGUUCGGCCGGCAAGUGCCGACCCCCACCGGCCCCCGAUCAAGAUCAGCGUUCACGCGAGCCCUCCGCUGUCGAAGGCCGGCAUGAACGCGCAUAAAGAAGACAUGGAUAAGAAAGGCUUCGUGGACCCGAUCAGGACGUUGACGCUGGCCCAGCUGAAGCAGGAGCAGACGGACCGGAGUCGAACCCCCACGGGGAAAGACGUCCACCUCCACCGCCUCUACCUAGACCCACACUGCAAGGCUCGCAUGGCUAAUGCACAGGAUGCCGUUCAAGCAGCGGACCGAGCGAGUAAAUACAAAGAGGAGAAUCGUCAAAUCCUGAAAGAGAGCAUCGAGGUCGCUCCCUUCACCGCCAAGAUCCAGCGCUCCGGUGACCCUGGGAUGGACAGGGACAGAGAGAGGUGCAGGGAUCCAGCCUUCCCCGUCCGGUUACUGGCUCUCGCCUGCCCGAGCCCCAAAGCCGGCCACAUCCAUCCCCACGUCAUCCAAUCAGAAAAGAGCAACUACUUCACAACACUGUCCAACAGCGUUGUGAACGAGCCUCCGAGACUCUACCCCUCCAAGGAGCUCAGCUCUUACUACGAGAAAGUGUCCGGUGGAGCUCCAGGGGUCGUGACCAGCGUUGGGGCCACCGUGCCAAGCCAGGGAGCUCUGUCCCUGGGCAGCUACAGCUCCAAAGCCUCCCUCUCCAAGCCCCCUCCCCUGAUCAAGCACCAGCCGGAGGGAGGAGAGGGUUUAGCAGGGAAAAUCACAGAGCAGCUCAGCCAGCAGGUGACACUAGUCCAACAGCAACAGCAGCUCCACACGGGUGGUAUGGACAGGAUAGAACGCCGCAGCCCUGCCAUUUCUCCUUCCUCCUCUACAUCUUCCUCCACAGCACACAACCACCACCACCAUCACCACCACCAACAACACCAGCAGCAGCAACAGCAGCAGCAGCAACAACAACAACAUCACCAGCUCAGGGCAAUGCCAUCUCUCCACCGAGCGCCUGUCUUCCAUCCACCCACACAGCACGCACUGGAUCGCAAAGAGGCUGCAGAGCGAGAGAGGGAGCGGGAGAAGGAGAGGGAGAGGGAGAGGGAGAGAGAGAGGGAGAGAGAGAGAGAGCGGGAAAGAGCCGGUUACGGCGGACGCCUGUCCCCACCGACCCUCACGCCCAUCCAGCCAGUUAGCUUAGCGGUAGCCGGUAGCAAAACAUCUGCGGAGCAGCAGAAGCCCCCCACCCUCCUGCCGGAACUCAGGGACGUCAAAGGUCAUGGGAACGCCGCCACCAUCACCUCCGUGGCCUCAGUCUUCGGUGGGGAGAUCAUGACUUCGUCCGUAGACGCGUGGAGGCAAGGAGAGAUGAUUCAAGACAGGGGGGGGAUGUCGAGGGUCAAGCCUCAAUCCGCAAUGGCGUCUGUCAUCGUGCGUCCGUCGUCAUCCAUCAAGUACGACAGUCUUGUUGGUUUUAACAAAUCUGGUGCUAUGAUCACUAAGGAUCUCCCCCAGGGGAGGUUCUACCCAGCCAAGCUUCAGGGGGAGGCUCUUAGACUAGGGGAGAGUGUGAGAGAAGUUGUAGCCGGCAGGGUGAUCCAACCCAACUCGAACUUCGACGACAGUUGUAUCCAGUACAAACAUGCUUCUAUGCGUGCCAUGCAGGGCACUAUGGCAGCCGGGAUCACAAACUCUGUGUGCAGGACUGCCAUUUCAGCCACAUCAGCUUUUGGCAUACAGAGUAUCAGUGGGACAGCCAUCCCCGAGCUGGGCUACUCAAUCUCAGCCCAUAAAACUGGGAUUUGCGGCCGGGUGCUAAACCACUCAGGACCGGGAGAGUACCAAGAGGGGUUAGGCUCACGCACCACAUCUCCUGGGGGGUCUCUGCCUCCCCCUAGUCCAGCAGGGACACCCCAGCCCAGUCAAAGCCUCACCCCAACACCCAGCUCCAUUUCUGGCUGCAGUCAGCCUUACUCCUCCUCCUUUGUCCACCUUAAGAAGCACAAAGCUGCUUUGGCUGCAGCCCAGUCCAGAAGCAACUUCUCCACCGUGCCCACAUCCAUCGCAGCCGGAAAUUGCUUCCUGCCUGUGGAUUCAGUCGACAAAACUCCCGUUCGCAACUCGCCCCCUCCACCCUCCUCCAGCCAAGCCUCGUCAUCUUCGGUCGACAGCAGUAUCAGCAGCUCGGCCAGCGGGACCACAACAACGGGGAAGUCCAGUCCCGUGCCCAACGGCCAGACCUCGGGGUCGGCCUCGACGAGCAGCGGGCAGCCCAGCAACUACCACAAGCUGAAGAAAGCCUGGUUAACUCGGCACUCAGAGGAGGACAGGAACACAACGGCUACUGCGAGCUUCACCAGUAUUAAACCAGAGAAACUGCCCAGCACCAGCAACAGCACCAGCACCGCCACCAGCACCAGCACAAGUAACACCGCGGCCAUGUCAGAAAUGAUCAAACCCUGCACAGUCAAUCUCAGUGCCUCCACCUCCAGCGAGGUGGAGCUGAGCAAAGACUGCAAAGCAGAGAGAGAGAGGCAGCUGGAGGAGAAGGUGGGAGGAGCAGCCACAGGGGGUGUAGGGGAGGAGAGAAAAGCAGCUCCCUCAUCAAGGCGAGGGAACAAGCGGUCCUAUGAGUCCGCUUCAGAGAGCGGGGGAGACGACUCCGACGCCAGUGAGAGCAAGAUGGAGGGCCGAGCCAAGCGUCAACCUAAACCCACCUACAAGAAGAAGCAGAACGAUAUGGCCAGGAGGAAAGGAGACAACGAAAAGGACGAGGAUGAUUUGAAGCCCAAUGGCAUCUUCCGAUCAGCCCGGGAGAAGACGAAACUUAAACUUGCCAGCACCAAUGGGAUCCCCCGCUCCGUCCUGAAGGACUGGAGGAAGGUGAAGAAGCUGAAGCAGACGGGGGAGUCGUUCCUGCAGGACGACUCAUGUGCCGAAAUCGGGCCCAACCUGCAGAAGUGUCGGGAGUGCAGGGUGGUCCGCAGCAAGAAGGGAGAGGAGCCGACGCAUUCCCCCGUCUUCUGCCGCUUCUACUAUUUCAGACGGCUGUCCUACAGUAAAAACGGAGUCCUCCGGAUGGAUGGCUUUUCCAAUCCGGACCAGUUCGACGAUGAAGCCCUGUCCCUGUGGGUGCCCGGGCUGAUGGAGGAGAGCCAAUUGGACCAAACCACAGCCAAGUACAUCCUCAGCUUCAUAGGAGACAAGUUCUGUCAGAUGGUUGUGACCGAGAACAACGCAGCCACCUGGAUCAAGAAGGAUGCCAAGUUGGCGUGGAAGCGAGCGGUGAGAGGGGUGAGGGAGAUGUGCGACGCCUGUGAGGCGACGCUCUUCAACAUCCACUGGGUCUGUCAGAAGUGUGGCUUUGUUGUCUGCUUGGACUGCUACAAGGCCAAGGAGAGAAGGAGCUCCAAAGAUAAAGAACUCUACGGCUGGCUGAAGUGUGUGAAAGGCCAACCCCAUGACCACAAACACCUGAUGCCCACACAGAUCAUACCUGGCACAGUGCUGACAGAGUUGGUGUCUUCCAUGCACUCUCUGAGAGAAAAAUACAACAUCAAACCCAACUGUCCCUGCACCAACAAGCAGAACCUCCUCACCAAACUACCAGCCACCAACGGAGUCUCACAGGUCCUGCAGAACGUCCUGAAUCACAGCAACAAACUGUCUCUGGUGAAAGCUGAGCCGGGCUCUCAGCAGAACUCCGACCAAGGCGGAACAAAGGUGGAGACCAACGGGGGAAGCGGUGGGGAGAGCAAUCCAGGCAGCGACGCAGGAAGUGCUCCCGUCACCCCGCCCGAGUCCCAGUCGCCUCUGCACUUCCUGGCAGACCUGGCCGAGCAAAAGUCCAGGGAGGAAAAGAAAGAAAACAAGUUGGUGCUGCUCGGUAAAUCGGUAAAGGAAGACAAGGUGGGGGACAGCCUGGAGGUCCUGCAGCAGUGUAAAACCACGUCACUGGUAGCCAACAGUACGGAGCAGGGCUCCACACUCAGAGACCUGCUCACCACCACAGCAGGGAAGCUGAAGCUGGGCUCCACCGACGCAGGAAUUGCUUUUGCACCGGUCUACUCUACUGCGUCACAGAUGGGAAAAGGUGGGAGGACCAUGCCCAAUAUCCUUGACGACAUCAUUGCUUCUGUAGUUGAGAACAAAAUCCCCGCCAGUCGCCAGAGCAUCGCAACCAAACUGUCAAUUAAGCACGAGCCCGUCACCCUGAGCAACAACAACAGCAUCCCUGCCACUGCUAUCAGUGAGGAUGCCAAACCAGACAGGAAGAAGUUGGCGCACGUGACUGCGGCAGUGCCCGAGGAAUCGACCAAUCAGUAUCCAGAUAUUCCCCACUGCUGGUUAAACAACAGACGGCUACUGUGGCUCAAAGAUCACCGCAACCAGAACAACUGGAGGCUGUUCAGAGAGUGCUGGAGACAAGGACAGCCCGUGUUGGUGUCGGGGAUCCAUAAGCGGCUCAACGGUGGCCUGUGGAAAGCUGACUCCUUCAACCAGGAGUUUGCAGACCAUCAGGGAGACCUCCUGAACUGUAAAGACCAGGUGGUGUCCAACUCCGGCAUCAAGGAGUUCUGGGAUGGAUUUGAGGACAUCACCAAGCGGCCAAAGUCCAAGGAUGGAGAACCGAUGGUCUACAGACUGAAGGACUGGCCGUCUGGGGAGGAGUUCAUGGCCCUGAUGCCCUCCAGAUAUGAUGACUUGAUGAAGAACCUGCCGCUGCCAGAGUACUCUGAUCCAGAAGGCAACCUCAACCUGGCCUCCCACCUGCCAUCUUUCUUUGUCCGGCCCGAUCUGGGGCCCAGACUGUGCUGUGCCUACGGUGUAGCUGCGUCUCAGGACCAGGACUUCGGGACCGCCAACCUCCACGUGGAAGUCUCCGAUGUCGUCUCCAUUCUGGUCUACGUAGGAGUGGCCAAAGGCAACGGAGUCCUGUCCAAAACUGGAGUGCUGAAGCGUCUGGAGGAGGAGGAGCUAGACGAGGGGGUCCGAAGGAGGCUCAAGGACUCCAGCGAGACCCCGGGGGCUCUGUGGCACAUCUACCUCAACAAAGACAUGGACAAAGUCCGAGAGUUCCUGCACAAGGAGCAGGGAUCGGACACGAUGGUGGACCAGGACCCAAUCAGAGAGCAGGGCUCGUACCUGAGCAGGAAGCAGCGUCAGCGGCUGCUGGAUGAGCACGGAGUCCAGGGCUGGACUGUGGUUCAGUUCCUGGGGGACUCUGUACUCAUACCAGCAGGGGCCAUGCACCAGGUCCAGAACCUCCACAGCUGUGUCCAGGUCAUCAACGACUUUGUGUCUCCCGAGCACGUGGCCAACUCCUUCCACCUGACCCAGGAGCUGCGGCCCAGUAAAGAGGAGGUCAACUACGAGGAUAAACUACAGGUGAAGAACAUUCUGUACCACUGUGUGAAGGAGGCGGUGAACUCCCUGAAGAGGAGCGGCUCUGAGGAAGACGACCAGGAAGAGAACUCAUGACACCCCCUUAGCCUCGUCUGCGCCUUCCAGAGUGGGACCCGACUCCCGCUCGGAGCCGGUCACGUGACCCGCGGGGACCUCCCGGCAUGCGAGGCGCACCCGCAUCACAUCGCCUCCAGGUGGCCAGUGAGAGGCAAACCUUCAGUGCCAAGAGGAGGAGACGAGCACGAGACCGGAGGGGCCCUCGGAUUAAACCUCAUCCACCACACGCCUCUGUGUUUCACACACUCACAGGGAGGACAGCGGGAUUCUGGGAAACUGAGGACAGAAUGCAGGUUAGGAAGCCUUUUAAAAAGCCACUAUGCUGGAGUAACACGGCACUACGAGCCACCACUGAAACUCUUUAGUGUGACUGUUGCCGUUUCCAUGGAGACUCAGGCUGUCCUGUCGGAUGAAGUUCACAGGUCGGAGGGCGCCGAUGGAGUCGACGAGCUCCCCGCCGCGGAGGUUCAAUCCCCGCCUGUAGCAGCAGCCAACAGGACGUCUUGGAGAGAAGAUGUGGCUGAUUAGGACAGCAUCACCAGCAGCAAGCAGCAGCAGGAUCCACACCGUCAUCUCUGCUGUUUCAACAAAAAAACAAUAGAGAUGAAAAAAUAAAGAUUAGCGGAAGAGGGAAAAAAAAAAAAAAUGCAAAACGUAAAACUCAGAUGUUUCAAGCAGCGAGCUGUGCUGCUCCCUCGUUUGUUGUUCCGUCUGUCUGUCUUUGUCCUUUUUUUCCCUUCUAGUUCUAUUUGUCUGUUGCUGUUUUGUUCUUCAUUUUUCUUUUUCACACGAACAUUUGUUUGGUUUACCUCUGUGAAGAUGUAUUUAUUUUAUAGCUGUAUGAUACGCAAUGUUAAUGAGACAAAAAAAGCAUUCAUGUAAAUGUGACUUGUACAGUUUUAUUUUUGUUUGUUUCUUCAGUAUGUGGUUUUCAGUUGUAAUACGGCUCUACUGUGAUGGAGGACACACACAGACACGCACGCACACACACACACACACACACACACACACACACACCAGCUAAUGCCUGUAACUUUGGGAAAUGUUGAUGCUCUACAGUCCUCAUGCCAUAAAUACGAUUUUUUUAAAUGAACUGCCAAACUAUUGUAAAGUUGUAUUAUGUAAAGACAGAACAAAAUGGCUUAUACACGUCAGCAUUUUAUGGGGGGAAAAAAGUAUUUGCUGUAAAAUGGAGACAUUUACAGAAAAGAUGUAAUUUAUUUAAGAAAAGAAUGACUUGUCUUGUUUUUUGUUUAGUUAAGAUUUACUAUGGUGAACUUUUGAAGUUAAAAGAUAAAUGAAAAUGUUUACUAUAAUAUGUAAAUAUAUACAUAUAUAUAUAUAUAUAUAUAUAUAUACAGUCACUGAAGUAUUUUUUUAAAACAUGGCUUGCUUCAAUUUCAAAUUUUAAAGUGCAAGUGUUACAUGCUUUGUACAUUGAAGUUCAAAACGGUUUUACAUUUUCCAUUAAAAUGGAUUUAUCAAA